CUAAUAUAUCAAUUAUUCGAAUACCUAAUUGGUCAUAUUUUAUUUGUCCAGCAAUACCAAUUGAAUGGACGAUUGAAGAAGAAUCUCCAAUAGGUACAAUAAUUGGUACAGUUAAAGAUAUUUUAUUAUUAAUAAAUAAUUCUUCACAAUUAAUUGAUAACAUAUAUAUGAAAUUAAAUAAUACAAAUAAUGAUGCUCAAUCAUUUCUUCUUAAUUCUCAAACAGGUUUGUUAAUAAGCUUUUCGAAGAAUUAUGUUUUGAGGUUUUGCAGCUCUUCACUUCUAUAGUCAGGAAAUGGUCCUUGUUCAAAGUUUCUUUGGAACGGAAAAACAAGAAGAUUUAGCCUGUUGUAGAACAUGUCUAAAGUCUUCGAAUAUGUCUGUGAAACUUUCCAAUAGUGCAGUUUUUGAUUUUGAUGGAGACAAAAAUUUAUAUUCAAGAUGUUCGAUUAAUCAUGCAUUGAUUUUCUAUAGUUGUCAUAUGAUCAACAUGAAAAAAAAAAACGUGAACUGAUCAUUGUAGAUAAUGAGAAAUAAUAGUCUGUUAGAGAUUUUUCGUUUAAAAAGAUUUGUAUUAACAAGUUUAUUUAGAGCAUAAAAAACAUUGUUUUUUUUUUGUAAUUCAGGUAUAG